GCCACUCGGUUCGUGAGCAGGGAUGUUAUGCUGCUGAGUUUCCUUACCAUCCCCCUCGGAGCUCAUGGUGAAGUACUCGUCUUCCUUUUUGGAAUGCAGGGCUGCGACUCACGUGGACACUGUGGUAAACGAAAAAGACUAAGAAAAGUUCCCAACUAGAUAGCUCAGCUAGCACUAGCAAUACAUUACUAAAAUACGUUUCUACUCCUUUUAACCUCGCCAAAUUCAACAAUAGUUGGAAUUUUCAAUGAGGUAAACAGUGGCGUUAGCAAAAUAGAAAGAUGAUCAGCUGAUGGGGCGAAUUAAAUCCUGACAACACACAGGCCUGCUGCUAGCAAUGCUAGCCAACGUUAGCUUGUGUCCCCAAGCUUUGUACAGCCUUAAGAUACGUAAAGUAAUGUAAACGGGUACUUUCUAUUCAUUUGAAUAGAAAGUUACGAACAUACCCUUUAAUGUAAAAAAUAAACGAACUAAACCUUGGCUGGAUAGCAAAAUUCGAGUGUGAAAAACAGGCGAUUAACAGCAGAUGUCAAGGUGUCCAGCGCUUCAUCAUUCGUGUUUACUCGUCACAUGGCCGCUAGAGGGUGAUGCAAGCUUGUUAUAUUUACUGUUUAGAAAUAAAUGGCACAAUUUAUUGCACAGGUUAAAUACAAUAACAACGUUUUAACCUUCCCUGUUAAGGGAUUAUCCUUGGAGUUCUUCAUUGUCUUUCUUGGGGAUUUAAGUACGUUUGUUUAGGUGCAGUUAUGGGCGUAUAGCCAAUGAGAAGCCCUGUGACAUUGCUUGUAAAGGGCUAGUGCUAUCAAUAACUAAGAAUCAAAUUAGAUAUUGAUGGUCUCCGAAGACUACCUCACUGUGAUUCUAGGAAAAGCAUUAUGACGGAGUAGGUUAGCAGUGGUUCGUCUGGAAGUACUCGAGGAGGGCAGUGGACCGAGUUCAACAUUUCACCCUACCACGCUAGACAGUCAGUUUACGGCGGCAAGGCUAUGGAUAGCGAUGACGAAAAUGGAGAAGAAGUCGUUGAGGGUCCUCUGGACGAGGAUGACCAGCCUCAUGGGUUCUGCAAGGUGACCUACUCGUCCAGUGACCGCUUUGAAGGCCACUUCGUACAUGGAGAGAAAAACGGGAAGGGAAAGUUCUUUUUUUUUGAUGGGAGCACGCUGGAGGGCUACUACGUGGACGACGCCCUGCAGGGCCAGGGGGUGUACACCUAUGAGGAUGGUGGUGUCCUUCACGGGACCUACACUGACGGGGAGCUGAACGGGAUGGCCCAGGAGUACGACUCAGAGGGUCGUCUGACCUUCAAGGGCCAGUACAAGGACAACAGCCGCUAUGGAGAGUGCUGGAUUUACUACCCUGAUCAAGGCUGCCUAUUUGGGAAGGUUAACGAAGAUGGAGAGAUGACAGGUAAAUCGGUAGCGUAUGUGUACCCUGACGGGUGCACAGCUCUUUAUGGCACCUUUGUGGAGGGGGAGCUGAUUGAGGCUCGACUUGCCACCCUGGUCUCUAUGGAGACGGGUAGACCGCACUUUGAUGUUGUACCUGACAGCCCUGUGUACUCCUAUGACAAGUCCACCUCGACCUGUAUCGCCACCCAUACUUUUCUGCCAGACCCCUACGAGAGCAAAAGAGUGUAUGUGGCUGACUCCCUGGUGUUGGGGGCAGGAGAUGGGCUGUUUGCCAAGGUGGACGCUGAGCCAAAUACUGUCAUGGCCUUCUAUAAUGGAGUGCGCAUCACACAUUCUGAGGUGGACAGCCGGGAUUGGGCACUGAACGGGAACACCAUCUCAUUGGACGAAGACACUGUGAUUGAUGUCCCCCAGCCAUUUGACAAGAUGGAGAUGUACUGUGCCUCACUGGGACACAAGGGCAACCACUCUUUUACCCCUAACUGCAAAUAUGACCCAUACGUCCAUCCUCGUUUUGGGCUUAUAAAAUGCAUCCGCACGUUGCGGGCAGUGCAACGAGAUGAAGAGCUCAUGGUGGCCUACGGUUACGACUUUGAGCCAUCGGGAGAGAGUGGACUGGAGGCCCCUGAUUGGUACCAACGAGAGCUACUGGCCUUUCAGCAGAGACGGGCAGCUGAGAGGGAAUAGAACACACCCUGCUACCCUACCUACCCUUCGCCCCCAAUACCCCUCACUGUUCAUCACUGAAAUACCACCUACCUUCCCUCACCUGCCCUUUUAUGGACAGGCAGGCAGACUUUAAAUAGUUAAGCCUGGACUAACAUUGUACUUUGAACUGAAUCACAAAGCAUCCCAUAAUUGGUCAAAAACAUUCUUAACUUCAUGUACCUGCACAACCUGUACCUUAACAAGAAGGUUGUCACUAUGUAUAUUCCAACCUUCAAUAGUAAACAUGUUCCUUUUCAGUGAAAUUCAGUGAACUCGUCUUUUCCACUCGAAUGAAACACUGCAAUAUGUGGAUGACUUGGAGAUCCACAAACUCCAUGCCACAGCAGCCCACAGACAUGAUGGAAAUCUGAGACAGGCACUGCACCUAAGGAUUUUUUUUUUAGGAGUAAUUGUAGUACAAGGAACUGCUGGCUGCCCUAAAGGGUCUGUCUCUUACUGGUCUUGGUCUAUGUUUCGUACAAACCAUUGGAAAUAAGAUGACAAGUGUUUUGUAGGUGUCUUGGAUUUUACAUAUUUUGAUAUCAGCUGUAGCUAAAAGGAGAAAGACUACCAUACUACUGUAUACUUAUAUCCUUUACUGCGACUGUGUAGAGUGUGUGUGUUUGUGUCUGAGAACUUGAUGACUGACGUUGCAAAAGGAUGUUGUCGAUUCCCACCCUAGUAAAACUAUUAAAAUGUGUUCUGUUGUGCCACUUGAA